UUUCGUGAAUGUUCCGUCACCUACAGAGCGCUACUAUCGUACUGCCGUGUUGCAAAUGGCAAAAUGGCUGGUGCCGUAGUACGUUGUUUUCAGGUUCCAAGGAGACAAUUAGGUCUUCUUGGAGUGACGUUUAGCAGCCAGCCGCAAAGAACGUUUGCCGAUGCCGCACCUGAGGGAAAGAAAAAAGGUGGUCCCAUAUCUGACCAGGACCGUAUUUUCACGAAUUUAUACGGAAGACACGACUGGAGGUUGAAGGGCGCUUUACAAAGAGGAGAUUGGUACAAAACCAAGGAGAUCCUGGACAAGGGUGCAGACUGGAUCAUAAAUGAAAUUAAAGUCUCUGGUUUAAGAGGUCGCGGAGGUGCAGGUUUCCCCGCUGGUAUGAAAUGGUCUUUUAUGAAUAAACCAUCGGAUGGAAGGCCCAAAUAUUUAGUAGUAAACGGAGAUGAAGGAGAGCCUGGUACUUGCAAGGAUCGUGAGAUCUUACGUCACGAUCCACACAAGCUGGUAGAGGGUUGCCUUAUCGCUGGUCGUGCCAUGGGUGCCUGCGCGGCUUACAUCUACAUUCGCGGUGAAUUUUACAACGAGGCAUCGAAUAUGCAAGUUGCAAUUGCGGAAGCUUACCAAGCUGGCCUUAUCGGAAAGAAUGCCUGUGGUUCUGGCUAUGAUUUUGAUAUAUUUGUGCAAAGAGGUGCUGGAGCGUAUAUUUGUGGAGAAGAGACAGCCCUAAUCGAGUCUAUUGAAGGGAAACAAGGGAAACCAAGGUUGAAACCACCUUUCCCAGCUGAUGUUGGAUUAUUUGGAUGCCCUACAACUGUUACCAAUGUUGAAACGGUUGCUGUAUCUCCUACGAUUUGUCGACGGGGAGGAACUUGGUUUGCGUCAUUCGGUCGCCCACGUAAUCAUGGAACGAAAUUGUUUAACAUCUCCGGGCACGUGAACAAUCCUUGCACAGUGGAAGAGGAAAUGUCCAUUCCUUUGAAAGAACUUAUCGAAAGGCAUGCUGGAGGAGUAAUUGGUGGAUGGGAUAAUCUGUUGGGUGUGAUACCCGGUGGAUCCUCCACUCCUGUUAUUCCGAAAAGCGUGUGUGAUACAGUAUUGCUGGACUUUGACGAUCUCGUCAGAGUGCAGAGCUCCUUUGGUACUGCAGCUGUGAUCGUAAUGAAUAAGCAAACAGAUAUUAUUAAGGCUAUCACACGCCUCAUCAGUUUCUACAAACACGAAUCGUGUGGUCAGUGUACUCCGUGCCGCGAAGGAAUUAGCUGGAUGUUCAAAAUCAUGAAGAGGUUCGUGGAGGGUAAAGCAGAAGAGCACGAGAUAGACAUGCUAUGGGAGCUGACUAAACAAAUUGAACUGCACACUAUUUGUGCUUUAGCGGAUGGCGCAGCGUGGCCGGUACAAGGAUUGAUCAGGCAUUUUAGGCCUGAAAUACAAGCGCGCAUUAGAGAGCGAAAACAAGCUGUGUCCAAUUGAAAAUAAAGAGGUAGAGAUUAGAAAAGUUCUAGUUUCAGCAUUUACUAUCAUCGAAUAAGCGAACGGGACAUAAACAAAUUUACGUUUAUGAUUUUGUAUUUACUUGCAGUGUACAUAAUGUGAACCAAAGCGCGGUGUAGUCGAAUUUCUUCUGUAAUUCUACCGGACUAUUGGUCAAGUAUUGACGGUUCGGUAAAUAAAAUAGAUAGAGAAAAGUA